AUGGACCGUGAUCGAGGUCGAAGGUACGAUGAUGGGGAAGUCGUUAGGUAUGGCGCUGGAGAGUCGUGGAGGCCUACUCCUCGGGACCGGUCACCUCGGCGGGCCAGGAGCCCAAUUAGGGAACGGGCAAGGAGUCCACGACCUAGAAGUCCGCGUCCCCGAAGUCCAAUUCCUUCAGGAUCCGAUAGCUACGUUCCGGGGAGGUAUCCACCACGCCGUAGGUCGAGAAGUGGAGGGGAUCGGUACCGGCGAGAGCGAUCAAGAGAACGCGAGAGUCCGCGCAGAAGAGAGCGCAGCAGAUCUCCAAUGAGACGGCCAUCAUCUCGACGUAGUAUGUCGCGAAGAGGGUCGCCUUUGCGGGGUGACAGGUAUGAACGCCCAAGAUCGCCAGUCAGAGACUGGGAGCGAGAUCGUGAACGAGACCGGGACCGUGAUAGGAUCCGAGAUAGGGACUGGGAUCGUGAUCGGAUGCGCGAUAGGGAACGCGAUUUUGAGCGUCGUGACGAGAGGUCCCCCUUUGGUGUUCGUCGAGACAGAACUCCUCCUGCAAGGUCGCCUCCGCCAGGUCCUCGCGGCGGCUCCUACAGACCCCGUUCUCGGUCUCUCAGCCGACGUGGAGGUGACCGAUAUCAAUCAUAUAGGCGUGUCAGUCCGCCUAGAGAAUCUGGAAUCUCGUCAGCAAUCACUUCUCAGUCAGCAUCUGGACGAUCAUCCCCUCGCCCAAGUCCAGUGAGAGCGAGGUCGCCACUUCAAUCUCGAGAAGAGUCUCCUCAUCAUGCUAUUGCACCGGGGCCUCCUCCCCUGAGAGACCCUCCCAGACCUGCGCCGUAUGAGCCAGUUACAUCUGCCCCCUCCAGAUCACCACCACGAGGGCCCGCUGCGUUGAGAGCACCUCCAACUGGUCCUGCGGCGAACAGGAAUUUCACAGCACCACUAUCCUCGCCAGCACAGCCUCCACCUGUACGGACACAGACACCAACAGCUCCUCCACUUCGCUCCGGCACAACAAGCCCUACUAUCCCGCCAGCAGGUCCACGGGGUUAUGUGCCUCCGGCCAGAGGCGGCUUUCCUCCGCGCGGUGGACGAGGCGGGUGGAAUCAGACACCAGCGCGACACAUGUCUGGACCCUCUCCCACACCUUCAACACCAAACGGCCCAUCUACGAUUCCUACUGGCCCACGGGCUACCCCUUCAAAUGCGCCAUCAACCUCUACUCCAGUUCAACCGCGACCAUUCAAUCCCCCGACUGGACCAUCAGCUCAACAUGCCGGUGGUGCUCGGCAAACCCUGGCGCAAUCUAUGCUGGCGACGUUGCCCCCGAUCAUCCCAGGCGGCAAGCUAGAUCCUUCCAUGACUCCCCUCGUGUUGGGCGUCACUCGGGAACUCGAGCCACACUACCGCAAACUCAAAGACGAGGAGGAGAAGCUGCGAGACGAGCUGCAGGCCAAACAGGAGCGACUGCGUAAGAGCUUGUACACCUGGAACCGGCUUGAGCGUGACUCGAGAGCGUGGGAGAUGCGCAGUGACUUGAGUGAGAAGAGCAUGAAGAACAUGGCUGGCGAGGGCAUGGGCGGCGCGGCAUUCUAG